AGUUUAAUUCACCAUCAGGGUUUGAUGGCUUCCCAAGGUUGUACCUGAUGGAUACGGUUGGCAUUUCGCGUCUUCUGUAUCGUCAAGGUUUACAUUACGUAAAUGGCUCAUUCUCGUCAGCUGUCAUUCACUUCUAGCGAGACUAGGACGGAGGAUGAGCCAAGAUCUGCCGUUAUAUUGUCUGCCAGACCUGUCACGGAUGUAAGCUGCGCAACCAUACCCAAUCUACAGGCACAAAUAAUCACAGACUCAAAAUAUAAAGAAAAAGGCUGACAGGUAUUCUUCUUGCAUUAAUACGACUUCCCGCGUCAACCAGAAUCUUCAAGAAACCGAACUCAGCAUUCAGACUAAAGUUGCCAUUGCAUAUGUCCAGACCGACGCUAACAACCCUCCCGUCGACGACACCUUUGCCCUUGGUGCAGGCCCCAGAUCAAUAUUCAAUGCAACCAACGCUGCAAUCAUAUCUCGAGUGCCUUGAACGACACAGUGAAAGGAUGAUCAAUACUUGCAGGGAAAUGCUGGAGAUCCAUUCCCGUCUCAAAGAGCUUCUUCCCAGCGACCAAUCAGAAGUCACCGAGGGCACAUGGGAUGGCACCGUUGACAUCCAAGCGACCGUCAAUGAACCUCAGACCAUUGCCCCAAGUGUACUCGAUGAGGUUAAUGCUAGUGCAUUGUCAUCGAAUCUCUCCUUUCCAGAGCCAUUACCAUUCUAUAGCCAGCUUCCGGAUGGUCCUUUAGCAUCUGUCGGGGGCACUGGAUUGUUGUUAGAGGGUGGAAAUCAUCCCCUCGUUCAAUUUUCCCAAGACGUAGUGCCCUACAGCUCUUCCGAUCCAGACGGCUAUGAGCCUAUGGCACAAGACUUCGUGCCCCAGCACAGCACGUACUCUGAGGAGCAGACCCUGUCAAGUUCCUCAGCCGAACACGAUGAACAACUACCUGUCCAGGAGAAAGUACAGUGCACCCGACCUGGGUGCUCGAGUGUCGUCAACAAGAGUAAUCUCACUCGUCAUAUCAACGAAGUACACGAGCGGAAGGUCAAGGCUCGAUGCGCCAGCUGUUUAAAAGGGUUCGCACGCCCAUACAUGAUGUAUGACCAUAUCCUUCGGGGCAAAUGCGUUCCUAGAUUUGGUUGACUUGAACAAAAUGAUGCAUGCAUACGCACGCACGCCCAACUUCACCGCUUCGAUUAUUGAUAAUUGAUUUAGUCUUCUCGAAGUUGUAUUCUCUAGUGUACCAAUAUUUUCUGAAGGCCACCCGAAUGCGAUGGCUAUGAUCAUUGAGGCAAAAUGUAUGGAACCAAUCCG